GUGGUUACUGCUACAUAACCAAACAGUUGAAGCAGACAAACUAUAAAAUGGAAGGAAACCCGAGUCAAAGCAAAGAAGUGACGGGAAAAAGAGGAGAAAUCAAAGAGCAACAGCCCAGGGAAGAAAAAUGGCUCACGGAAGAUGGAAUGGUAGGAAACCUUUCAUCACUGUGUUGUAUGUGGUAGCAGUAUGCAGCGGUGUCCCGGUCAGUGACCUACUGGACCGAGCCUCUCAGCACUCUGACAAACUCCACUCUCUGAGCACAACACUCACCCACGAGAUAGAUUCUCAUUUAACUCCUAUAGGCCGGAUGCUCAUGCCCCGGCCUUCAGCGUGCCACACAUCGUCAUUGCAGACACCCAGUGACAAAGAGCAAGCCCUUCAAGUGUCUGAGUCAGAGCUGCUCUCACUGGCUCGUUCCUUGCUCCAAGCCUGGGUGGACCCGCUGGUGGUUUUGUCCUCUUCCGCUAAUACCCUGCCACACCCGGCUCAAAGCAAAAUCCUCAAUAAGAUCCAGGAGUUGCAGGAGCAUUCCAAGAACCUUGGAGAUGGUCUCAACAUCCUAUCUGGCAAGAUGGACCCGGCAGCUCAGACCAUCUCCUCGCUGCCCUACAGAGGCGGCAAUGACAUCGGGCAGGACAAGACAUCUAAAUUAAUCAAAUUUCAGUUUCUCUUGUCCUGCUUUCGCCGCGAUUCCCACAAGAUCGACAGCUUUUUGAAAGUCCUCCGAUGCCGGGCAGCAAAACUGCAACCUCACUUGUGUUAAAGAGCGAAACACCACACCGGACCGGACCGGACGGCUUUGAGAUUUUUCUUUUCCAAAAGCUUGUAUCGUAUGGCACUUCAGUCUAGCAAUAUGCAUUAUAAUUUAGAUGGCUUAUAUUAUUUAAUAGGGGAUGAUGAUGUCAGGUGAAGGCAUAGUUUUAAGAAGUAGUGUAAAGCUUUGGUCUGCUCAUCUCAUUUCUCAUCAUUAUUUAACAAUCAAAUACGGUGAUGUUCUAGUUUAGUCACAUCUGAAACCAGAUUUUCGGAUUUGUUGGCUGUUUUUUACUGGCUGCAAACAUUGAGAUUGAAUCAAAUGAAAUAUAGGACUUCCUA